CGUGAUUCGAACAUCAAUAUUUUGCGUCAGUCCCUUGUGACUCCACAGUCAUGUCCUGUUCUGCUCGGAAGAAACGCAUAAUACUCCACAACAGCUGAUGUGCAUCUGGAUCAUAAGAAACACUGGGUGGUUUCUGUGGAAGAUUCGUACGCGCAGCGAAUAUCAAAAACAGCCGCGACGGUAAACGCGAAGAGGUGAAGCAUCCGUCUCUGCCUCACAGCUUUCUCCUCCACACCAUGGCCUCUCGUAAGAAGGUGCUGCUCAAAGUGAUCAUCCUAGGGGAUUCUGGAGUUGGGAAGACCUCUUUGAUGAACCAGUAUGUGAAUAAUAAGUUCAGUAAUCAGUAUAAGGCCACUAUUGGAGCCGACUUCCUGACUAAGGAGGUGAUGGUGGACGACAGACUGGUCACCAUGCAGAUUUGGGACACGGCGGGACAGGAGCGCUUUCAGUCUCUGGGCGUGGCGUUCUACAGAGGGGCAGACUGUUGCGUGCUGGUGUACGACGUCACGGCACCAACUACAUUCAAGACUAUGGACAGCUGGAGGGACGAGUUUCUCAUUCAGGCCAGUCCUCGUGACCCAGAGAACUUCCCCUUUGUUGUGCUGGGCAACAAAAUCGACCUGGAGAACCGGCAGGUAACGACAAAGCGAGCUCAAGCGUGGUGUCAGAGUAAGAACAACAUCCCCUAUUUUGAGACCAGUGCCAAAGAAGCCAUUAACGUGGAGCAGGCCUUCCAAACUAUCGCUCGCAAUGCACUUAAACAGGAGUCAGUGGAGACGUAUGAUUUCCCUGACCAGAUUAAACUAAGAGACGACAGACCGGUGUCUAGCAGUGAUGGCUGCAGCUGCUGAGGGAAAGACUAACCUGGGGACUGCAAGAGAACGAGCCAACAUGGGAAAGGGAGAAAGCGAGAUGGAAAAGAUCCAGGCCUGUUGUUCGAGCGCCCGUCCUCCCCUUUUAACAACGCCCGUCCUCCCCUUUUCCUCCUUGAAACCUCCAGGGUAUCAAAUGCCACGUGUGAAAGCUGAACAUCCAUUUUCUUGCUGAACUCCAAGUAAACGUGUGGUAUGAUGAACUAUUGAGGAACAGGAACCUCUGACAUUACAUUUAUUACGAGUUCUGCUAUCACUACAGCUGUCCGAGAAUUCCCUGCUGUCUGUGCAAUUUGAUUUUCUUUUCUCAGAAAUUAUCCUUUGCUCUGCUAAUUGUGCUUUUUUAAUUUGUACUAUUGGUUAUUGUUAUCAAUGCCUGUUUCACUCCUAUGCUGAAUGAAUAUUCAUUUAAAAACAUUACAUAUGUAAUAGGGCUGGGAAAUAUCACAAUAUUAAUAAAAUAUUUUAUCUGCCAUUUAAAAUCAACCAACAUUUGUUUACACCAUAGCUUCUCAGUAAAAUACACAUGCAGAAAUGGCUUAGGAGCUCUUUAGAUCAGUUAUAUUUGAUUUAUCACUCAAAAAUGAUCAUGGAAAUCCCAGUUUCACAUCAUUUCAAAUGUUUUAAAAUUUAAAAAGUAGGUAUUGUUUUUUUAUUAGUGUCUGCAUAUAUAAAAAUUAUUAAAUAUAUUUACCCGUGUCUAUGUAAGGAAAAGGUAUGGAAAACAUGCAUAGAUUUUUUUUAAACUGUAUUUUUUACUUUAGACAUUUAAAAUCCACUUCACAAAAUUGCUGUUUGUUUGAAAUGAUAGUUUCUCUAGAUAAAUAAAUAAAUCAGGGCAAAUGACUAUUGUCAAAAGAUAAAAAUAUCAAACCGAUUUCUUCACUCAUCUCCCAGCCUUACUAGUGUCAUGAAUAUACGUAAGUGAGUAAGGAUGUGCUAACAGUGUAUUAACUUGGACAUGAGGGUACUGGGAUCUUCUAGGUUGACUUCAACAUUAAAUCUGAGAAUAUUUUAGUCUUAGUUGGACUGUAAGAACUUCUGAAAGUGUUUUAAGCCACUUGAUUGUUUCUGUAACAUAUUUCAACCAUGCCAGUUAUAAUGGUUUACAAAAGAUGUACGUUUUUGCACAUAUAGCUGUUGAGUAUGUAAAUGUGAGAAGCACACUAAUGAGGUUACAUCAUGCUUAACUCAGUGUUUUGAUUUGCCAUUGGACAUAGUUACA